UCGCCCGCCGCCUCCAAGCUUCGAGGUUCGAGGGACUCUGUGAGCUCGGCGUGCGCAGCGGAAGUCUCUCUCGGCAUCGUCGCAUUCAAUGGAGCAGAGCCUCGAUAACGGCUCCGGCGUCUUGCAAUCGCUUGCUAUGACUGUGUACCGAAGAAUUGGAGGUUGUGUUUGUUCGGGACUGGUUACAGGUUGCUGAAUUAUGUGCAAUCUUCCCUUCAGGAAUGCAAUCGAUGAAUUAUUGAAGCAGUGGAGUGUUGUUCUAUUUUUUAGAGCUUUGGAGCGACUAGUGUUUGGCUGUCGUAUAAUCUCUCCCACACGGCGAUUUUCUGGUCUUGAAGAAUCCUGAAUAAGAUGGAGGAAGGCAUGGAUCGUAGAAGGGGACUUUCUAGAUAUGAGGACAGCAGUGAUGAGGAGGGGAGGCGACGAGAUCAUGAGAAAAAAAAGAGCAAAGACAAGGAGAAAAAACCUCUCAGACACAAGAAGGGGAAGUCAUCUAAGGGUGAACACAAAAAGUCGAGGGACGAGAGGAAAAGGAAGCACAGAAGCAAGUAUUCAAGUGAUGAUGGUUCUUCCGACUCCGAGAUCAGCGAGGACAGGAGGAAGAAGAGAAAGCACAAGAGCAGGCACAUAAGCGACGAUUCUUCUGAUUCUGAGGCCAGCGACGAAAGGAGGAAGAAGAGAAAACACAAGAGCAGGCACGUAAGUGAUGAUUCUUCUGACUCCGAGACCAGCGAUGACAGGAAGAAGAAGCGUUUGCUGAAGGAGGCCAAAAAGUUGAUUAAAAAGCACAAGUCAAAAACAAGCAUCGUUCCUAUGGAGCCUGCACCUGCUGGUUUAAAGGUUGACAACAUAUCGGAUGAAGACUAUUUUGCAAAAAGCGUGGAGUUUGCAAUGUGGCUGAAGGAGGCGAGGGGUCUCUUCUUCUCCAACUUAAGCUCAGAGGAAACGCACAAGUUGUUUGGUACUUUUGUGGGAAUAUGGAAUGCCGGCAAAUUGAGUGCCAAGUACUAUCAGGGCAUAAAAGCUGCCCCACGAACGUCUCAUAAGUGGGGAAUCAAGUUGGACACCAAUGAACAUGCUCUUCUCGGUAAGGAUGAGGAUGACAUAAUACAAGAGAAGAAGCUACAAAAGUUGGAGAGGAAAAAGUACAAGAAAGAUCAAGAGGUGUUGAUGGAUGAACUGCUUCCAAAAGCUACUGGCCGGGAGGCGAUGUUAGAGAAGAAAGCUCUUCGUCGCGAACAGGCUCGUGCUCGUGAGGAUAGUCCUGAAAAUUUUAAGGAGAAAGAUGUGAUGGGUGGAGGAGAUGACUUUCAGCAAAGACUAGCAAGAGAACGGGCUUGGAGAGAGAAAAAAGCGGCAGCAAAAACUGAAGUUUAUAUGGAGAAAAGGAACGCAUUUGAAGAAAAAGAGGCAGCUGCCAUGAACCAAUUCAAAGCAAUGGUGAAUAUGUCAGGUGGAAAGAUAAUUAUUCCCAAGCGGAACGACGCCACUUGAUUUCCAAUUCGUUCAUGUCAGCUUUCAGGCUCUCUGAAGAGUGUUACGAGUAUCAGGACAUGUCGUUCAUGUUUUUUUUUUAAAUUGAAAACAUCAUAUUGCAUAACCUCUACAGCUCUUUCGACGAACAAAUAUACGGGAAUGAGGAUGCCCGACAAAGCUUGUAGUUUACGAAAUCAGCCGUUGUGCUGGAAAGAGGAAGCGUCGUUGCCAGCUUAGAAAGUUGGCGAGGUCUAUGAGUUAGGCCUCGAGUUUUUGAUGGAUGAGUUACUACGACCUAUUGUUCAAUGGACUGUCUUGAGCAAUAAAUAGGUUGCUAUGAGUUACGUGGCGCUAGACAAGAUGUGAUGUGCUAGCAACUGCAGUAUAUAAAUGCUCAGUUCUCACUCUUCUUGCCCCUCCGCCUUUCAGCUGCCAACAACUGUAUCUUAGUAGCUUUGAGUCAUCUUAUGCUCUUUGUUUAUGAUCCUGCUGCAGAGGCGGUUGGUCGUAAGCCCGAUCUGACCAACAUGUGCAUUUUUCUAAAGUUGGUAACAUCAGCGACGCUCCAUGUGGAAGGAUAAAA